GCCGCGUUCCCCCACAUUGCCAUGGCGUACACGUCAAGCGACGACGCGGAAUUCCAGUGUCUCACCAGCACGCUAACCUACUUGAAUGAAGAAACAAAGGAGGGCACCUACGUUUGGUACUUCAAGAGCCCCGUCGAUCAUCACACUGUUAUAAAGGAGUCCACCUUCGACAUAUCGCCUGGAGAGACUCAAGAUCAGGUACAUUUUCUGCUAGACAAUGACCAGUGUGACCUCUAUACUGCAUACUUCAACUACACUGACUACGAAAAUUGCGUUGUAACAAUCAUUCCAUACUACGGUGACAAUCUUUGCAUACUGUGGGUGGCCAUGGAUGCUGUUGAUAACAUUCCUGAAAGCUGCCUUGGCGCCUACCAUGCGACAUGCCCAAUAGAAUACAGGGCUUACGACAGUGACAUCUGCGAAAACUGAAUCCAGCCACGGCGAAUGAACGAACUUUUUAGCUGCUUCACGUGUCACUUUUUUUUAAUGGACCCUACAGAGGAACACUAAGUAUCUUUAAAAUUAUUAGGGUAUUCCUUCAGGGCACUACUUGCUCUCAUUUAGCAGUAAUCAGUUGUUUAUUAAAAAAAUAAAGGAACGUCAAAGUUG